AUGGCUGCAAGAUUAAUUCAAAAGAUUUUGAAAAGUAUUGGAGUUAAUGCUUCCCGUUUUGGACAGGAGCGCUUGACUGAUUCAGCAGUCCACGUCAAGGUUAGCACUGCCCCCACAUCAGCUCGCGGCUUUGCAUCUGGUUCCAGAAAAGUCACUUUAAUUCCUGGUGAUGGCAUUGGCCCUGAAAUCUCCGCUGCUGUGCAGAAGAUUUUCACCACUGCCAAUGUACCAAUUGAAUGGGAAUCGGUGGAUGUGACACCAGUUAUGGGCCCCGAUGGCAAAUACGGCAUUCCUCAGGCAGCUAUUGAUUCGGUGAAUACAAAUAAAAUUGGCUUGAAAGGUCCCUUGAUGACCCCAGUUGGCAAAGGUCAUCGCUCAUUAAAUUUGGCCUUACGUAAGGAAUUCAAUUUGUACGCUAAUGUGCGGCCCUGUCGCAGUCUGGAAGGCUACAAAACCCUUUACGACGAUGUCGAUGUGGUGACAAUCCGUGAAAACACCGAAGGUGAAUACUCCGGCAUUGAGCACGAAAUUGUUGAUGGUGUUGUACAGAGUAUAAAACUGAUCACUGAGGAGGCGUCACAGCGAGUCGCCGAAUAUGCCUUCCAAUACGCCAAGGCCAAUAACAGGAAGAAGGUGACCGUAGUGCACAAAGCUAAUAUUAUGCGCAUGUCUGAUGGUUUGUUCUUGCGUUGCGCGCGUGAUAUGGCCGAAAAAUACCCGGAAAUUCAGUUCGAAGAACGUUACUUGGACACUGUGUGUUUGAACAUGGUGCAGGAUCCCAAAAAAUAUGAUGUCUUGGUAAUGCCCAACUUGUAUGGUGAUAUUCUUUCUGAUAUGUGCGCUGGUCUCGUUGGUGGAUUGGGCCUAACCCCAUCUGGCAACAUGGGUUUGAAUGGUGCACUAUUCGAAUCUGUUCACGGUACUGCGCCUGAUAUUGCUGGCAAGGAUUUGGCCAACCCAACUGCUUUAUUGCUGUCGGCUGUUAUGAUGUUAAGACACAUGGAGUUGAAUGAGCAUGCUGAUAAGAUCCAACAUGCCUGUUUCGAGGUGCUCAAGGAGGGCAAACAUUUGACUGGAGACUUGGGUGGCAAGGCCAAAUGCUCAGAGUUUACAAAUGAAAUUUGUGCUAAACUGUGAAGUGAAUGAAUACAACUAUUCGCUAUAUACACUAUUCUUCAUCGUGUCGUGUAUAUACGCCAAUUUCUGAUUGGAACACUAAAUGAUACCCACUGCUGCUUUAC